AUCGACUACCUCCUGAACAAUGCUGGGGUUAUGGCCAUUGUGGAGACUCGAAACUCCAAAGGAUGGGAGGGGCAGAUUGCUGUCAACCAUUUCGGACACUUCAUCCUCACCCUCCAGCUUCUUCCGCUACUGGCUAAAGGAGUCGGGCGGGUCGUAAUGCACAGUAGCAGUGUGCAUUCGUUCCCCGGGCUGGACAUCGACGAUCUCAACUAUGAGAAGCGACCGUACGAUGCGUUCAGAGCGUACGCAUCCUCCAAGAGGGCGAACUUGCUCUUCGCGCAUGAGCUGAACCGCAAGGCCAGGAGGAUCGGAGUCACAGCCACUGCCGCCCACCCCGGAUGGACAGUGACUGAGCUGCAGGAGCGCGCGACCGGCGACGAUCUGUUCAGGAGCAUGGUGGUAAGAGGAAACAGACUUGGUCUGGGAAUGACUCCGAGGAGGGGCGUCCUAUCCCUCCUUCGUGCGGCCUUCGAUGCCCCUGGCGACAAGUACAUCGGCCCAGCUUUCAUGAUAGCGGGGCCGCCGGUAGUGAUUGGCAACACGCUAGAGGACUACUCUUCGCUCAAAUUCUACAGUG